AUGUGGAUUUUUUCUUAUUUCUCUGCCAUUUUAAUUAUUUUGGCAAUCUCUGAGAUCGACACAAUAGCAAAGACGACUCCAUACAGCAAAUUUACAAAGAAAUCUGAGGGAAAAGAAAUUCCAAAGGGUCUGAAGCUGGCCAGUGGCCCACCUCCUGAAGAAGAGACUUCCUUCACAGAAAUGAUUGACAUGGCUGCAGCAGCAGAACCAACCACUGACUCCUUGAGCCCGGAUUCUGCCUUGGGCACUGCCACCCUCUCUCCCUUUGAAAACGUCUCCCUUGACACGGAUGACUUCCUCCCGAAUUGCUGCGGCUGUUGUUCACUUAUUGUAGGGCAGAAGGGAGAACCCGGAGAGAUGGGAAAGCCAGGUCCUAAAGGAGAGGCUGGUGAUGUGGGGAUCCACGGACCACCUGGAGUGAUUGGACCCCAAGGCUCACGGGGCCAGAAAGGAGAGAAGGGACUUAAAGGAGAACGUGGGGACCAAGGAGCAAGUGGAAUUCCCGGAUAUCCUGGGAAACCUGGUGAACAAGGUGGAUUUGGUCCUAAGGGGGAGAAAGGAAAUGCUGGCCUGGCAGGAGUCAAAGGGCAAAAAGGCUCCAAGGGGGACCCAUGUGGGAACAGCACCAAAGGCGACAGAGGAGAGCCAGGGACCCAGGGCUCACCUGGCACAGAGGGGAGGCCUGGCGCCAAGGGCGAGAAGGGAGAGAGGGGAGAGAAGGGGCAAAAGGGAGAGGAGGGGCUGAAAGGAGACAGAGGCAGAGAGGGCAGCAGCGGCCUGCCUGGGGCCAAAGGUGAGCCAGGGGUUAAGGGAGAAAAAGGGGAAUCAGGACCUCCUGGUCUCCUGGGCCCUGCUGGACCAAAGGGUGACCUUGGGAGCAAAGGGACCCGAGGUCCUGUGGGUAAGAAGGGCUCUCGGGGCUUCAAGGGCUCCAAGGGGGAGAUGGGCAGAAUGCCACGCUCUGCGUUCAGCGCUGCUUUAUCCAGGCCUUUUCCUCCUCCCAACGCCCCUAUCAAAUUCAACAAGGUCCUCUAUAAUGACCAAGGGGAUUACAACCCCAUCACCGGGAAAUUUAACUGCAGUAUUCCUGGAACAUAUGUUUUCUCUUACCACGUCACUGUGCGGGGUAGACCCGCCCGAAUUUGCCUCGUGGCUGGGAACAAGAGGCAGUUCAAGACCAGGGAAACUCUCUAUGGGCAGGAGAUAGACCAAGCCUCUCUCCUCAUCAUCCUGAAAUUAAGUGUGGGAGACCAAGUGUGGUUGGAAGUGUCGAAGGACUGGAAUGGGAUGUAUGUCAGUGCUGAGGACAACUGCAUUUUUACUGGGUUCCUUUUGUACCCAGAGGAAACUCUUGGCGUUCCACCAUAA